UCAGGUACAGCCUCCAGUUAUUAGUCUUGAUAAAGUUGAAGUUAUUCUAAAGGAAGGUGAGGCGUUUGAAGUUAAAUGCAAAACUCUUAAUGUGGAUCACGAGAUGGAGAUGAAGUGGAAUUAUCCCAAGAAUGCGGCUCCAAUAAAAAAAAAUAACUCUCGUUCCAAACUAAACAUCUUUGAAAUGGAAUCAACUCUGCACAUUGACUCUGUAAAUACCACUGAUUCUGGGAAUUAUGGAUGUGAAGCAAAAAAUCACUUUGGAUCCUCUUCAGCCUCAAUGUUACUGAAUGUUUUAGAGACAGGAUUCAUAAACAUGUCUAUUCCUGGGGACAGAACUAUCGAAGUUAACACUGGAGAAACCCUUAUUCUGCCAGUAGAAUUUACAGCAUACCCACGGCCUGACAAACUGUACUGGAUGUACAUGAAUGUAACUUUACAGAAUGACUCUGACCAUUUUAUCACUUCAGAUGAAAAUGGCUAUAGGUACAGCAGCAAACUGAACCUCGUGCGUUUGACAGGAACAGAAGGAGGGAAUUACACUUUUCAUGCAUCCAGUUCAGACACCUCCUCCAGUAAAACAUUUACAGUUCAUGUCAAAAGUAAGCCAGAGAUAAUCUCGCAAGACGGACCAAUUAGUGGCAUAGUCCGGUGUAUCGCAGCCGGCUACCCAGUUCCUAAAGUGUCCUGGUACUAUUGUCUGGGCCCUCAAAAGCGCUGUUUUGGCCAACCCAAUGCUACUAAGGAGGAGGGCGUCAACAUCAACCUAUCGAGCCCAGCCUUCGGCAGAAGACAAAUCGAAAGCAGAAUGAAUGUUUCCAAGCUGCAUAGAAAUAUUACACUGGAGUGCCUGGCUCAGAGUGAUGCUGGACAGGAUUAUUAUAUAUUUAGAAUAGAAAUAGAAGGUAAUUGAUUAUUACA